UAGAAAUGCUUAUGCCAGACGCGGUUUAAAAAUCUUCUUCCCUAAAACAAAACAAAACAAAACAAAACAAAAAUCUUCUUCCCCAAAUAUUUUUUUUUCAGACUUAAAAGUUAAAAUCACUUCCCCCGAUUUCAUUGCGCUUCCUUUUCUCUGGGUAUGGCUAGGUGCUGCUCCUGUGUUGCGUCGAGGAACGGCGAAUCUUCAGACAGAGAAGAUAAUACAGGAACUCAAGGUGUUAGGGCAGACCAAUCUGAAUCUCCUCAAUAUGUUGUUGCCAAUGCUCGUAAAUUCAAAUUAAGAGAGCUAAUUGCCGCCACUGAUAACUUCAGUCAAGAGCAUUUUUUAGGGGAAGGAAGAUCGGGACGUGUGUAUAAGGGUAUUCUCGAAGAAGACGGCCAGAAAGUUGCUGUGAAAAAGCUUACGAUGAAUACCCAACAAGGACGUGCAGAAUUUCGAGCUGAGAUUCAAAUGCUCAGCGGAAUUGAGCAUUCUAACAUCGUCAAGCUGAUUGGCUAUCAUGAUAAAGGGGACGUUCUAUUUAUCGUUUAUGAGUUCAUGCCAUCACAGUCGCUGGAUCUUCAUUUAUAUGAGCAUGAAGUCGGCAAGAAGCCUCUAGACUGGAAGACCAGGAUGAAGAUAGCAGAGGGUGUUGCCAAGGCUUUAAAGUAUUUGCAUGAUCAAAGGGAUCCUCCUAUAAUCUAUGGAGACCUUAGACCAUCUAAUAUUUUACUCGAUGAAAAAUUUAAUCCAAAGCUGUCCAAUUUUAAUACUGCAAAACCUGGUCCUGCUUGGAAUUGCUUUGGUGCUUCUGGAAAGGUGAUGGGCACACUAGGUUAUUGUCCCCCAGAGCAUGCUAUGACCGGCAUGCUCACUAGGGAAUGUGAUAUCUAUAUAUUUGGUGUUGUUUUGCUCGAAUUGAUCACUGGGCGGAAGGCAAUUCAAGAAAACCUGGCUUCUCGACAGCGCAGUGUUGUUGUAUGGUCUCUCUGCAAUAUGCAUAAUGUCAAAAGGAAAAGUGGAGAACUAUAUCCACCAGCAUUUGAAAAAUCUUGCAAAUGAUGAUAUAUCCAUCCAUACCUGGACAGAGGGUGAAAUAUUUUUCAGAUCCGACCAUAAAGUAAAGUAAAAGGGUCUCUCAUCUCAUCGUUAUAUACUGUCUUCAGGAAUACGUUGAAGUGCUGAAAGUAAAAAAUUAAAACCUUGGGACAAUUCUCAAAGAUUCGU